AUGCGGAUGUUUUUAUGCAUUGAUUUGGGUGUGAAGUAUAUUGUUGCCCCGCAGGAAGCGGAGCAACAAAUUGCGUCUCUACAGGCUGAAGAUGGUGCGGAUUAUAUUGUUGCUUACGAUACAGAUUAUGUCGUAUUAGGAUGCGAUAAUUUUGUUGUUGAUUCACGCUGGCGCACAGGCAUGCAGCCUAGAGGUCUUUGUAACCUAUUGGAAAGCAAAGGGGCCAACGCUAGUAUACGCGAAGGUUUAGUACUCGCCCGUAACGGUAACGAACAAAAGAUAGAGCAGGAGAUGUUGGGUAUACUCCAGACAAAGGGUCAGCCCGUCUUUAGUACGAUAUUGAAUCGCUUCAUACCCUUCCUUGACAACGUGCACGAGCAGAAGAGGCGGCUAUUGGAUUUAAGUGAAUCACAAAUAAGAAUCAAAACAUCUUCAUCAAUCUAUCAGAUGAAUGAACACGACAGACUCUGCUGGGUUAAUGGCUCAUAG